AUGUGGUCCAAGGUGUUUGCUCCUUUGCUCCCCAAUCGUCUUGCACCGGCGCAGAAGUUUCCACAGCUGAAACUUCGCCCGCAGCAGCACCGUCUUCUCACACACAAACGCCAAUGCGACAUUUCACUCACCUCGUUUGACGCGAACAGCGUGGAGUUCGCACGCCGGGAGAUUGCCUCUGGGAGCAUUGUGGAGAUACGGGAUUCGGAUCGCCAUCAGUUGCUUGCGUUGGGAUUCUACGAGCCAACGCUUCUUCGUGUAGACGUGUUUCAUAUGACCUCACAAACGGUCUCUGAGCUGCCUAUCAUUGACGAGGAAUUCUUUCUAAAUCGAUUGCGGGAAGCAUGGGAGAAACGUCGGCGUGUGUUUGGCUCAAUGGUGAACGGUGACAAUAACACGUACCGAGUGCUGAACGGCACUGCGGAUGGUAUUCCAUCCAUGUACGUGGACCUCUAUUCUUCUAGCUUUGCCCGCAUUGUGGCAACUUCCUUUGGAGCUGAACGACUCGUUCCUGCUGUUUCAGAGUUAUUGAGGCGUCAGGGGUCUGAGCAACUGCUUUUAGAUACGCCGUGCCUGAAGGACCGCGAAAAACUUACCCUCGUUCAUCCCACCAUUCCUCUCUCGGCAGUGUACGUUGAGAAUGGCACGAGGCACUUGUGGGUUCCAUCAGCAGAGGUCCCUGCAACAAGAAGCAAUAGGUGGUUGCUUAACCCAGCGCAUCGCAGGAUACGUUUUGUGCUCCGUGAAGUCUGUCGCGGCAAACGUGUUUUGUGCGUUAAUGAUCGUAGCGGGUCGGCGGCACUAAAUGCCGUGAUGUCUGCGAAGAGUGUACUGAUUGCUGAAUCAGAUGGUGCUCUGGUAGACCGUGUACGGGAAAACCUGGUAUCUAAUCACACUUCAUCUGUCUUUAAUGUUUGUGAAACCACCAUAUGUGCACGUAUCGAAGACUUGGAUGCCCGCCGGCAGGAUGUGGUUUAUUUGGAGCAUCAUCCAGACCAGUUAUCGUCGGAGGAAGAGUGGCGAACAACAUUGUCUGCGUUGCUGCGGCGUCGAAUUUGCGGUGUGGGGACUCUGCUCUUUGUGGCACAGGAGGCCGCUCCACUUGGUAUUUCAGAUCUCCUCCAGCAGCAUUUUUCAGACGCACAUGCUGUGCCCGCGCAACGAGAUGCGGUUGCUGCGGCCCUUCGUGCUGCUGCCUCCGAGCACAAUUUAAACCUCCGGCAGCUCCGCGUAUUUGGUCCUUCUGUUGAUUACCCCAUUCUUCCUACGGCUGACGCGCUGUGUUUUUCACAGUUGUUUCUUUUGGAGAAGAACUAUUGA